GCAAAACAAAACUUAGGAAAUCGUUGAUAUUUUAGUUGGAUUUACCUACCUUUCAAUAAUACAAAAUGAGGACUAAGAAUCCUAUGGCCAAAAAGCCCCAGCAAAUUCUGUUUUCGAAAAAUAGAUAUGGUCAACAAGUUAAAGUUGAGAACUGGGACUUCCAAAUUCAUGCGGAAAAAAAAGACAAUUACGUUUAUCGUGAUCAACUGAGUAAUCACCUGAGUACGUACUUGCGUUGGGGUGAUCAGGACCAGAGCAUUGGUAAAACUGAAACUCGUCAUAUGCAUGAGCAAGUAUUUACUAAAACAGAUCCAGUAUAUUCCUUUAAACCUCUGGUGAAUUUUACGUCUUAUCCGUGUACAGACACUCCUGGAAGAAAUAAGUUGAUGAAAAACGCAAACCUUGCGCAACUCCCUCCUGAAUUUGGUAUCAUGGAUUAUCUUUCUACACAGCAAGAGGACUAUAGGAACCCGCGGGCAACUUUCGCAAAACCGUUGACGAUGGCAUCGCCAUCUUGGCUGAUGAAUAGAGUGAUCCGGUCGGAUCUCACGCAUAACCAUGGGACUGCACCUCCUAGAGGGGACUAUCAAUUUUUGGACACACACACGCCCAUUGGUCACAUACGGGAAAUGAGACUGUUCCGUUACAAAUCCUUCAAUCCCGCUACAGGCCUUCAAGAUUUUCCAACCGUUUCUUUGUAG